UUCAGUCAGGUGCACGUCCUCGUCAUCCGCCCACCACGUCUUGUCCUUAACGUCAAGUAGCCUACGUUACAGGUGCGUCUGUGUGUGCGAUCCCACACCGCUAGAACUUCUGCAGAGACAGGCCUUAACAUCAGCCUCAUUCACUCCAGGGACCAGUAAGAUGCGGCGUUAACGCGGACUUCGUUCGGACUCUGCGAUGAACUUUAAGUGGAUUGUGAAACGGUUUCUUAUCUCGUUUUCAAUCUGCCAGUUCCUGAUUUCCGUGGUUCAAAGCCAGCUUUCAGACACUGAAGGACGACUACAGAGGAGGACUAAUGCACUUCGGAGGAAACGGGAUCUCCUCGGGGAGGAGAAGUUCAGAUCGCUUCUGGCUGAGGAGGCUCUCCCUCGCAGCGCGCUACACAACUACACAGCCCGGGACGCCUCUUCAGAGUACUGCGGCUGUCUCAACGGAGGCUGGUGUCUGGAUGGAGGAGUGUGUGACUGUGCCCAGUUCCAGGCAGUGGGAGACCGCUGCCAGAUGAUACCCAACCUUGGCCGAGACAGAGAUGGGAUCUGCCGCUCCUGGGGCCAGCACCACUAUGAAACCUUUGACGGAAUCUACUUCUACUUCCCCGGGACCUGCUCCUACAUCCUGGCCCAGGACUGCCACUCGGCCGUGCCGCAGUACACCGUCUGGGUGCACAACAGCCGAGUGUGCGAGGGCAGUGUGUACUCGUGCCCACGUGCCCUCAGCCUUUUCUUCCCCAACGAGGAAGAGAUCCACAUCUCAGGAUAUCAGGUCCACCAGGGAGGCCGAAGGUUGAGCCUGCCUCAGACCAUAGGCGGAGUGUUCAUCGAGCGUCUGGCCGACUACCUGCUGGUGAAGAGUGUGUUCGGCUUCUCCUUGGCCUGGGACGGGGGGUCUGGGGUCUACCUGAAGAUGAGUGAGGAGCACCAGGGCGCCCCCUGUGGCCUGUGUGGGAACUUCAACCAUGUGGCCAGAGAUGACCUCACCACUGCCCACGGCACGAGGACAGAGGAGCCGGUGGUGUUUGGUAACAGCUGGGCGGUGGACCUGCCUCACGAGGCCUCCUGUCCCUCGGUGGAGCUGGACUUCAACGGGCCCUGCCAGUCGGAGUCUGACAUGGAUGACGCCAUAGAGAAGUGCAGUGCUCUCCUCUUCUUUCCAUUUCUGUCUUGUCACGAGAACAUCGACCCCAACCCCUUCGUAGCGAGCUGUGUCUCGGACCUCUGUGUAUCUGAUGAUGAGGAAAUAUUUUGCCGGACCUUGGUGGAGUACACGCGAGCGUGCUCUCAUGUGGGCUACCCGGUCCGAGAGUGGAGGGACAGCUUUCCUUCCUGCAAUGACGGCUGUGAGGAGAGCUUCGUCCACAGGGACUGCAUCAGCUGCUGCCCACCAACGUGUACUUUUGAGAAGGAGUGCCUGGGGACCAACCUGCACUGUCUGGACGGCUGCUACUGUCCUGAUGGCCUGAUUCUGCAGAACGGCACGUGCAUCGCCGUGGCUCAGUGUCCCUGUGUCUACCACGGGACGUCCUACACACAGGGACACGUGCUGGAGCAGGGCUGUAGCGUCUGCGUUAACCGGCCGUAUGCUCCUGUUGCAGUGUGGUGCAUGGGGGGGGUGUGGAACUGCACUGACAACAACUGUACAGCUGAGUGCUCGGUGGCGGGGGACGUGUUUGUGACGACGUUCGACGGCCGGAUGUUCCUCCAGCCGGGGGUGUGUCAGUACGUCCUGGCCAAGAGCCACCGCAGCAGCCGCUUCACCGUCACGCUGCAGUACGCCACCUGCGCCGAGAAGGCGUGUGUCCAAUCUGUAACCGUGGUGUUGGACGAGGACGUGAGCCGUCAGGUGACCUUGACCAGAGAGGGGGAGGUGCUCAUCGUCAACCCAGCACCUGUUCUGCCCUUUAGAGACGACUCUGUGGAGGUGACGAGGCUGACCCCCGUGUUCACGCUGCUGAAGGCAGGCAUCGGCCUCCGCCUGCAGUAUGACGGCCACGGCGGGCGGGUAUAUCUCCAACUGGACAGCCAAUGGCGUGGCUCCACCCUCGGCCUCUGUGGAACCUUCAACGGAAACCUCAGAGACGACUUUCUCUCUCCAGCAGGCAUGAUAGAGGGGACUCCACAGCUCCAUGCUAACGCCUGGAAGGUGUCGUCUGCCUGCGUAGCUCCAGUCAACCAGCCCAUCAUAGACCCAUGUGAGAUGAACCAGCACAAUGCGUUCUACGCGUCGCUGUGCGAUGUGAUCCUGGGCAGCGUGUUCUCCCAGUGCCACGCUUACGUCAGCCCUAACGUCCUAACCAGCAAGUGCCGCUACCAAGGCCUGUCGCUGGUGGCAACAGCUGGUCUGUGCACGGCGCUGGCCCACUACGCCUACCUCUGCUCCAAGCACGGCGUGCACGCCGACUUCAGGACCCACGUCUCCGAGUGCGGCGUGGUGUGUCUCGGAGGUAUGAUGUACCACUCCUGCGUGUCCACCUGCGGGCGCUCCUGCCGGGCUCUGUCCAGCCCAGAGACGUGUAACCAUGACGACUGCGCCGAGGGGUGUGGCUGCUCAGAGGGCAGCUUCUAUGAUGAGAUGCGCCAGCGCUGUGUUCAGCAGUCUCGCUGCCACUGCUUCUCCAUGGGCGGGGUGUCUCUGCCCGGGGAGGUCAGCUUCAGCGCGUCCGGCCCCUGCCUCUGCAGAAACGGGCAGAUGGAGUGUGUGCCAGAAGAAAGAGAGCCAGAUCGGACGGACACGCAGGUGUGUCCUGAGGGCAAGGUGUACCACAGCUGUGGAGAGCAGAGAGGGGGCGUGUCCUGUGAGCCCACCUGUCGUAACCUGAUGUUGAACCUGACCUGUCCCCCCAACGCGCCCUGCAUCCCUGGCUGUGUCUGCCCUCCUGGCUUGGUCCUCCACCACGGAGAGUGUUUCUACCCAGAGAGCUGCCCCUGUGUGUGGCUGGGUCUGGAGUACCUUCCUGGUGAAGCAGUGGACACACCCUGCUACAAGUGUGUCUGUCACCGGGGCUUCUUCAACUGCAGCUACCUGCCCUGUCCGGCGGUGUGCACUGUGUACAGCGACCGACACUACCACACCUUCGACGGGCUGGAGUACGACUACCCCUCCGACUGUCAGGUCUACCUGAUGAAAGGCCUAGGAGAGGCAGAGGUGUCCAUUGUGGCCCAAAACAAAGACUGCUAUGAGAGCGGCAUUGUCUGCAUGAAACUGCUGGUCAUUCACGUUGGCCUCACCAAGAUCUACUUCACAGACAACUCAGGCAACCCUAGCCCCUCCACAGUGGUGGGCCGUGGCUUUGACUUUGAGCUGUGGAAGGCGGGCUACUACACCGUAGUCCACUUCUCUGGCCAGGACCUGACCAUCCUCUGGGACCGCAAGACCACGGUGCACAUCAGAGCGGGGCCUCAGUGGAAGGGCCUGCUGAGCGGACUGUGCGGGAACUUUGACAGCGUGACCGUGAACGACAUGACCACUUCCAGCCACUUGGAGGUGAACAACGCACAGAGCUUUGGAGACAGCUGGACCCUGGGUCAGUGUGAGAGUGAGUACGUAGUCAAGCGACCGUGUGAAGGGGACUUGGGACGACAGCCAUAUGCCAAGAGGGAGUGUGCACUGCUCUACAGCGACGUCUUUGCACCUUGUCACAAUGUGGUGGAUGUGACCUGGUUCUAUAGGAACUGCCUUACAGACACGUGUAACUGUAACCGUGGGGGGGACUGUGAGUGUCUGUGCACCUCCAUCGCUGCCUACGCACACAAGUGCUGCCAGCAGGGGGUCACCAUACACUGGAGGUCCCCCUCUGUCUGCCCCUACGAUUGUGAAUACUAUAAUCAAGAGCUGGGGGACGGGCCCUUCUCCCUGGUGAGUGCUGCGUACAACGACACGGUGCUCGGGGCCAACUACUCCAGCGGCUCAGUGUUCCCCCUGCUGAGGGAGCGCCCCGGGGCGCUCCCUCCACCCAGCCUGCUCUUCAACUUCAUGGUCACCGCCGCCCUGCAGAAGGACCGGGCCUCACGCGUUCCCAUGGUGUCCCUGGAGUCGGCAGAGAGACCUAACUACUUCCUGGUUGUGUCGGGGCGCAGCCACCUCCAAUUGGAGCGCUGGGCUCGAGGGGCGGAGUUUGGCCGCAGGGGAACGUUCAUCCAGCACCAGGGACUGUUCGUGCCGGGCCACACCUCCUUCGAGCUGCUCAGCCAACCGGGCUUCUUCCUGACGCUGACGCGCACGGCGGCCCGAGUCCAGAGAUACGACAACACAGCGGGCUUCAGAGCCAGCAGCAGCUUCACCCUGCAGGAGAGCAGCUUCGUCAUCCCGUACCGCAUGAUGUGUGAGUGGCGCUACCAGGCCUGCGCCAGCCCGUGCGUCCACACCUGCAACGACCCCAGAGCCACGCGCUGCCACUUCCUGCCGCCUGUAGAGGGCUGCUUCCCCCGCUGUCCCCAGAACAUGGUCCUGGACGAGGUCACCAGGAGGUGUGUCUACAUCGAGGACUGUGUGACCCUCCCGCCGACCCCGACUCCUUUCGCGUACGUGACCCGGUCCAACAGAACCACUACAGCCCCGCCCACCUCCGACCCCACCACCGCCUCCACCACAUGCAGCCACCACAACCGCCACACGCGCCACCACCACCACCACCCCCACCCGCACAACCACCACCAGAGCAUCCACCAGAGGGACCAGCACACCCUCCCCGCCCACCACUGCAAGACCAACCACCACCACGCUCACCCUCCCUCCAGUCCCACAGGGAUGACCACCACCACCACCACCACCACCAUCACCAGCCGUACCGGAGCAACCCCAGGAAUCACUCAUGCCGUAACCACGGGGACGGCCCCCUCCUCCGCCCGGAUAACAACAACAACACCAGCUGCCGGCCCCGCCCAUUACCCCACCUCCGCACCGACCACACCCGACGCCGGAGCCAGGCCGGUUGCGACGACGGCCGGCCCCUCUGUGGCCCCCUCCAGCCCCUCCUCCCCGCCCCCACCCUCCCACAGCACCACCCUCGCUCCGUCCCCGACCCCGUCGGAAGCCACCGUCACCACACCCGGCUACACCUCUCGUCCGGUUACCACCGCCGCCGCCACGGCAACCCCACCACAGCCACGCCCCCUCCACACGAUCGGCACCACAGAGACACGCCCCGUGGACACGACGGCCGGCGUCGCCGCGACGACCACGCCGGCACGGCUCGGCACCCACGCAUCUCCGGCCGAGUCUGUCACCACGGUGAUGUCCAGGAGCCCUGAGACCUCUACCGCGGUCGGAGAGGUGUCGACCACCGCCCGUCCCUCCGUCCUACCGACCACGCCCUGUACGCCACCGUACUCGUACCGCUUGGACGAGUGUGCCGAGCUGAUCUGCUUCAACGGGGAGCUGCUCCUCCACAACGCCUCGCUCCACUGCCGCUACAACACCAGCCAGCCCCACUGCAGCCUGCUGGGCCUGCCGCUGCUCAGCAACACAGACCCCUGCUGCCCCCUGUGGCAGUGCCCUUGCCGCUGCUCCGUCAUGUCCGACCUGCGUGUCAUCACCUUCGACGGGAACAACGUGGCUCUGUACGACAACGGCUCCUACAUCCUGGUCCAGCUGCCCAGAGAGACCAUCAUCGGCACAGUGGAGAAGUGUCCCACCAGCCAGAGCGUUAACUCCAUCCGACGGCCUGGUCCCAGUGGCCCGUCAGGCCUGUGCUUCAUGAAGCUGAACAUCACCACCUCCACCUACCGCAUCCUCAUCAACCGGCUGGACCGCAAGGUCUUGGUGAACUACCGGCCGGCCAAGCUGCCGUUCUCCCGCCAGUCUCUGCACAUGGACGACACGGGCAGCAUGUACCUGCUGCAGACCCCCGGGGGGGUCGGCAUCCAGUGGUACCACAGCACCGGCAUCAUGGUGCUGCAGUACACCGCCCCCCGCAACGAGACGGGACACACCCGCGGCCUGUGUGGCUGCUGUGACGGGAACCCGGCGGAUGACCUGAAGCUGCCCAACGGCACGGUGGUGCGUGAGCUGACGGACAUGAGGCUGUUCCUGCAGGCCUGGAAGGUGCAGACGUCGGACGAGACGGAGCACAUGCGGCGGGUGGGGGACAACUGCACCACGGGGGACUGCUCCAUGUGCCUCUCCAUGCUGCGGCAGAGAGCCUUCACACCCUGCCACAGCAAGGUGUCCCCAGAGCAGUUCUGUGACAUCAUGUGGGCGGGGGACCUCCACUAUAAAGACCACCAGUGCGACUUCAUGGCAGCGUACGUGGCAGUCUGCUACACACACAGCGUCUGCAUCAGCUGGAGGAGACACAACUUCUGCCCGUUGCGGUGCCCCCCCGGUAAGGAGUACCAGUCCUGUGUGAGCACGUGCACGACGCGCACCUGCCUGAACCGCGAGUACUACGAGGAGACCACCUGCUCCCACGUCCGCGAGGAGUGUGUGUGCCGCGCUGGGACCAUCCUGCACCGCGCAGACUCCUCCUACUGCGUGACAGAGGACCGCUGCGUGUGCACGGACAACGAGGGCCGGCCCCGGGCCCCUGGCGAGGUGUGGAACGGCUCCCUGCGCGGCUGCUGCCUCAACCAGUGCCUGGCCAACGGCUCGGUGGUGGCCGUGGAGCCCGACUGCAGCACCAGCCCCGCCCCUCUGUGCGAGAGGGAGGGGGAGUACGUUCUGGACGUCCUGGAGGAGGGGGUCUGCUGCCCCAAGAAGAUCUGUGAGUGCAAUAUGACCAUCUGUGGGAGCGAGGCCCCGCCCUGCGACAACGGUAACCGCCUUGUGAUUGGCUACAGCGCUCUGUCCUGCUGCCCGGACUACAGAUGUGAGUGCGACCCUUUAGCCUGUCCCCUGGUGUCUGCCCCGGACUGCAGGGAGGAUCAGUUCCUCGUGGAAGUGAGGGAUGAGAGCCCAUGCUGCUACUCAUACCUGUGUGUGUGUGAGUCCUGCAUUGAGCCCCUCCCAAACUGCUCCCGUGGAGAAAUGUUGGCUGUUGUAUUAAACACGACAAGCAGAUGCUGUCCGCAAUACCACUGUGUGUGCGAUGUGAACCUCUGCCCUGGACCACCAGAGAGUUGUGAUCCUGGUCUCUCAUUGGUCCGGACGGCGGUCCCGGGUCAAUGCUGCCCCCAGCAGCGCUGUGAGUGCCAAUGUGACAGCUCUACCCCCGUUUGCCAAGUGGGGGAGCUCCUGGUGGAGGUGCCUGACGCCAGCACGCACUGCGGCUGCCCUCUGCAUGCAUGUCAAAAGGGAGAGGUGUGUGUUUUCCAGGGUGUGACAGUGCUGGGCCCGGGUCAGUCUCUGGUCCAGUACUUUGAGGCAGACCUGUGCUACACCGUCCACUGCCUGCACAAUAAGGACCGAGACACUGGCUUCCACUCCAUGGAGAUUGCCUCAGUCAACUGCUCCCAGAGAUGUGGUCCACACCAGGUGUAUGUGGCAUCCUCCGACCCCCAGGUUUGCUGUGGUUCCUGUAGGAAUGUCUCCUGUAGCCACAGCAGCGACAACGGAACCACAGAGCUGUUCACUGCGGGGAGUUCCUGGGUGGAGAACUGCACACGCUAUGACUGUAUGGAGACAUCUGUGGGCGCAGUGGUCCUCGCUUCUGGAGUGGUCUGCCCGCCCUUCAACGACACAGACUGUGUUCAAGGUGGCGGGGUGGUGCAGAGCUACGUGGACGGCUGCUGCAAAACAUGCAAAGAGGACGGAAAGACCUGCAAGCGUGUGGCCAUUCGCACCACCAUCCGAAAAGAUGACUGCAGGAGCAAUGCCCCGGUGACGGUGUAUUCCUGCGAUGGCAAAUGUCCGUCGGCCACCAUAUUUAACUUCAACAUCAACAGCCACGCCAGGUUCUGUAAGUGCUGCCGGGAAAGUGGACUUCAGACGCGGACGGUUACACUCUACUGCUCCCGCAACGCCACCCUGGUCGACUACAACUUCCAAGAGCCUCUGGACUGCUCUUGCCAGUGGAAUUAGCUGCAGAGUUUGUACAGAUUAAGAGAUGUAACAUGUGCAAAAGGAUAGACAUAUGGACAGGAUGUGGGUGUGGGGCUAUAGGUAUUAAAAACAGCCAUGUUUUGUAUUUGUUGUACGUGUCACUACCACUAACAGAGACCUAGAUACUUAAGCACUUUAGUCUCGUUUAUCUUAUGAGUUGUUUUUCUAUUCAUCUUUGUAGUGCUUCCAACCACGAUGAAAUUAACAUAUUAUUUUAAAGUAUAUGCACAGAUUAUUUGAUUUUAUGGAGCAGAUGAAGGCCAUUACUUUCUAUUGUAAACGUAUUGCUUUUAAGUAUCAUGCUUCUGCAUUCAAACCCUCUCAGUGUAUUUCCUGGCUUCCUUUCAACUGCAUAAAUUGUGUACUGAUAUUGUGUGUCAGGGCUCCUGUCCUUGGGGAAGUUCAUUGAAUCAUUACUAAGGGCUACGUUUUUCUUCUCUGCAGAAUCUGUUUUUGGACAUGCAUAGGUAAAUAAAACAUUCA